CCCUUUAAGGGAGGAAGACACAUCUAUACAAUUAGAAGACAUACAGUUACUGAAGAAAACACUGGUGAUCAUAUGGCGCCUUGGACUCUGUGGCUGUUCUUGACAUGUCUCAUCAUCAUCAGGCUCCAGUCCAGUGCUCAGGGGUCCAGUACUCCGGAAUGUGGAGUGGCACCUCUGAGCUCAAGAAUUGUGGGUGGUGUAAAUGCAUCAGCUGGAUCAUGGCCCUGGCAGGUCAGCCUUCAGAUUAUUUCCGGCAGUCAAACCUAUCACAUCUGUGGAGGGACUCUGAUCAGCAGCCAGUGGGUGCUCACUGCAGCUCACUGCCGUGUAAUAUCAAACACCAGUUGGUGGAUUGUUGUCAUGGGCCAAGUGAAUCUGGCUACCCCAAGUGAUCAUACGCAGAUCCACCUCAUCUCCAAGUUCAUUAUUCAUCCUUCAUACACCACAGUAAUCACUGGCAAUGACAUUGCCCUGAUUCAACUCAGGGGCCCAGUCAACUUCACCAAUUACGUCAGACCGAUCUGCCUGGCAAGUAACUCCAGCCUGUUCUACACCAACACCACGUGCUGGUCCACAGGAUGGGGCCAAAUCAGCAGCAGUGAGCCACUGCCAUCACCUUUUUCCACUGCAGGAGGUUCAGGUUCCUGUGAUUGGAAAUAA